ACAGUCAGUUUUUGUAAGGCAACAACAUGAAGCUGCUAGUGCUUGUACUGGCAGUCUUUGCAGUGGGAAGUCAGGGGUGGAUGGUCGACCAGAGCCCGGUCUCGGAUCGUCAGGUGGAGAUGCUGAAAAAUGCAUUCUGGGAUUACGUUUCCAAGGCAACCACAGCAGCCGAUGAGUCCCUAAAACAGAUCCAACAGUCUGAGCUUGGCAAAGAAGUCAAUAUGUUCAUCUCACAGAGCUCUGAGGCCGCGACCCGAUUCAGUGACGCUCUCCGGACCCAGGUGGCGCCGCUGACCCAGGAACUGCUGCAGAAGUUCAACAAAGAAGCUCGACAGAUGCGCAAACGCCUGGAGAAGGACAUGACCACCUUCACCAACAAAAUCAAACCAUACACACAAGAACUGAUGACCGAUCUGCAGAAGCAGUUUGAAGAUCUUCAAAAACAGGCCGCUACUUUUGCCGAGACAAUGGAUCCGGAAACCCUGAAGUCCACCCUGUUGCAAAAGACCCAGUCCAUGAACCAGGACCUGCAGGAUCAGAUGGGACCCUACACGGAGGACAUGAGGCAACAGAUGGAGAAGAGUUUCGGGGACCUCCAGAGUAGCCUUAUGGCCCUGUCCCAAAGCUUUGAGACCCAAAUGAAUGAGAAAAUGGUUAGUUUUGCCCCAUACGGAGAGGAAAUCAGGGACAAAUUUGAGCUGGAGGCAGAAAACAUGAGGGAACAACUGGAAACACUGUGGAAAUCCUUCUCUAAAAUGGUGAAAGGUUAAUGUUAUAGUUUACCUCAGUUCAGUUAAAUAGGAAGUAAAAUACCUCAAUAUGAAAAGUCUAUGGUGAUGUGGAAAAAGUAAAAAGGUCAGUAUAUAGUUUGUUUUGUAUUAUUCUGAGUGUGCAUUAGAUGUUGAACUAUAAACAUUAAUACAUUUUUAAAAUUGCAAU